AUGGCUCAAUUUGACUUAAGAUUUGUGCCUCAAAAGUCUAUUAAAGGAUCCGCUGUUUCUGACUUCUUGGCUAACUUUCCACUUGAAGACUCAACACUAGGAUGUGGCGUAGAAGUCAUACUGGUGUCACCUAAUGAAGAGAAUAUACCAAUCUCAAUAAAACUUGACUUCGAUGUCUCCAAAAAUGCUGCAGAAUAUGAAGCACAUGUGGUAGGCCUCGAAAUAGCAUUGGUAGUUGGAGUCAAAAAGCUUCGAAUAUUUGGAGACUCAUCUCUCAUCAUUAACCAGAUUUCCAAGAGAUGGAAAGUGAGGAGUGAAAGUCUAGCUCCAUACCAAACUUAUUUGGAAACUCUCACUAAUCAACUCGACAAGGCAGAGUACGCAUACCUACAAAGAGAAGAAAACCAAUUUGCUGGUGCUUUAGUAAGACUAGCCUCGAUGGUUAGAAUUCCUAAAGAAACCAAGCAAAUGCCUCUGACCACAGUGAAAAGGCAUAAGCCCGCCUAUGUUCAAGCCCUUGAGGAUGAAGAAGAAGUCCAAGAGGACGAAGGAGAACCAUGGUACAUAGACAUCCUCAAUUAUGUCACUAAAGGGGAAAAUCCACCUAAUACUUACAAAAGAGAAAAACGUGCUUUGGGACACUUAGCCUCACAGUAUGUGCUUAUAGAUGGUGAACUCCAUAAAAGAGUACCUAAAGGAAGAGCUCUCCUAUGUGUAGGAAAAAAGGAGGCACAAAAGGCAAUGAGAAUCAUCCACGAAGGAGCAUGUAGAACACACAUGAAUGGUAAAAUGCUAGCCCAGAAAGUCAUGCGCCAAUGCUAUUAUUAG